UAGGUCAAGCUGAGUUUUAUCUUGGUUUGAGGAAACACGAUUCACGCGUUUGUCAAGUUUGACCAGUACACCCCCACAUUAAACAGACGACCGGGAUACUGACCACAACCUGACCAGCAUACAAAAUGGGUGACGGGGUGUCCGAGGUGCUGGGGUUCGUCCCCUCGUUAAACAAGUUACGAGGGAGCACGAGUGAUGAUUGGAUAGAUCGUAUCAGUCACAUGUACACGGUCAUUAUGUUAGUGAUUUUCGCCAUUGUGGUCAGUUCCGGUCAAUUUUUCGGCGAUCCGAUUCAUUGUUGGUGUCCAGCAGAGUUCACAGACGCUUUCGAAGAAUACACCAAAUAUGUUUGCUGGAUUUCCAACACUUACUAUAUCCCUAUGAAGGACUCCAUUCCGGAUGAGGACGAGAUCCGACAAGAGAAGGAAUUAACCUAUUAUCAGUGGAUUCCCCUAAUCCUCCUUCUUCAGGCGUUCCUGUUCAAAGUACCAAAUAUUGCAUGGCGAAUGCUUAACACACAAGCCGGUAUAAAUAUCGACAAGGUAGUUAGACUGGCAGAGGAAACCCAAGAUGGUUCACCGGAAGAUCGACUGGAAACCAUUGAAAAUCUGGCCAAGUACAUGGACAAAUGGCUCGGGACUUAUCAAGAAUACAAACGGAACAUCAUUGUAAGGGUGCGCGCGCAGAUGACCAAGGUCAUGUGCUGUUUGAUGAACAGACGUGCUGGCACAUUUCUCACGGGUCUGUACAUGAUCAUUAAAAUCAUCUACGUCGUCAACGUCAUCGGUCAGUUUUUUAUCCUCAAUGCAUUCAUGGCAACGGAUUACAAUAUGUAUGGCUUUCAAUACAUCGAAAGUCUCAUUAGAAACGAACCCGUGCGAGAAAAUCCGAGAUUUCCCAGAGUGACCCUGUGUGACUUCCGGAUUCGUCAGUUGCAGAAUGUUCAGCCUUGGACUGUACAAUGUGUUCUUCCCAUCAACCUGUUUAAUGAGAAAAUUUUCAUAUUUUUGUGGUUUUGGUUCGUGUUAGUUGCAACACUAGCAUGUUUCAGUUUGUUGAAAACUGCUAUUUAUCACAUCUUCAAGCAAAAUAAAAUCAGAUACGUGAAGAAGUAUCUUAAAAUUAACAACGAAAUUCACAGCAACUAUGACAAAAAACUCUGUGCACAAUUCGCCGAGGGAUAUUUGCGAAAUGACGGUAUAUUUGUGCUGUACAUGAUAGCCAAGAACUCCACAGACUUGGUUGUUGUCGAUUUGAUGAGGGAAUUGUGGAAAAUUUUCAAAGCAAAGCACAGUCCAAACAAUAACGUCAUGAAUAAUCAUCCGGGUAUCGAAGACACCGAAAUGGCGCCACCUCUUGACGAGAAAGAACCACUCACCGACGGUGCUUACCAACCGCAGUGAUCACGUGAUUGUCAAAGAUUGUAUUUUCAGGGUAUAAAGCAACCGAUUCCAGUUUCGCUUUUGUUUUGAAAUUCAUUUGACCUACACCAGAAUAUAGACCCAAUUCUGACAAUAUUUGACAUAUCUGUCCGUUUCUUGCUCGCGAAACUUGAGAUCACUAGCUGCCAUUUUGGUUCCGUUUUGAUUGAUAUUUCAUAACGUAAUACACAGCGGAACUGGUAAGAGAAGUUCCGAAUAGAAAGAUCUUGCCGCGGAAUGCACUGCAUUUUGCCUGCCCCUGAAGGGUAUAUCCCCGUGUAGGAGACGACAGUCGCCAGGUGCUAUAACUACUUGUUUAUUGUUGUGAAUUGUUAUGAAGUAUUAUGCUUUAUCUAGUACCACGAUAUUUACUAUACAAGUGGAUACGUAAAUCAUACAGUUUCAGGAACAGGAAGAUUGAAGCAUGGCUGAGUAUUUAUGAUAAAAUGGACAGAAACAAACUAUAGGUAACCUAGUGUGUUAAAACGCUGUGCUAACCUAGACGGCCUUAUGGGAAAUUAGAUAAGGGAGAUAACUUACUUCACUAAGGUCACUAAUGAACUGGGUGUUGUCGUAUAGCAAGUCAAGUCUUGAACAGGAUGUAAUUGCACAGCAACUCCUGAACGUGAUAGCGUAGGUACUAGAUUACAAGUAUGUCGCAUAGAUAUCUUUACGUUAUGAGAGAGGCGUGCAAAAGAAAUUGAUGGGACUUGUAUAAGUCUAGUGGAUGGUUUUAAUUUUGCGUACUAAAACAUUGCACAUAUUUCAUUUACCUUGUCAGAAAAAUGGUGCUACACAUUAACAGGUUUCCUCUUUUGAAUUCUGUGUUUUGCAUUCCCUGUAUGACAGCUCUUGGUCAAUGAUAUUAAUUAUUUUUCGAUAUUUGUAUAGUUUUCGUAUUUUCAUUUUGUCAUCUAUUAUAAAAAGAGUUUGAGUUUUCUUAAAAAUUGAUAGAUGUGGGAAAAAUACGCUUGAAGUCUUAUUUUAUGUUGACAAUUUAACAGUUUUUAUAUUUGUAUAAAGCUACGCUAUUUCAUGUUAAAAUAUUAUCGCUUCUUUAAUGAUAUUAAUACUCCUAAGCCUUGUCUAGUUUAUUGAUAUACGCAAGUAAUGUCAGCAAAUGUUUAAGGUCUCGGAACUCUAUCUUAAUAUCGUUUUACUGUCAUGACCCAUUAAGUUGUUUGUAAAAGUUGAGCCCUCGUUUUUUCAUUACGUGGCAGACAGGAUUGUGCCAUGGUGUUUUAAUAUCAUCCCGUCAUUCCAAACACAAUCAACUCCACCAGUAACACCGAAGUUUAUACAAGAUCACGGCGAUUUCAUCACUACAAUCUUAUUUCCGUUCAUGACCUGUGCAUUCUUUUCUGUUGUUUUUGAAUUUUUAUACUGACUGGCGAUCUGUUUUUGAAUAUUUUUUGCCAACAAAACCUUUCUUGUCUCGUUCUUAAAUCAACAGAACAGCGCAAAACAUUCGAUAGAUUUUUCGAAAGUGUUUCCUAAGUUUUCGAUAUUUAUCUUUUACAGUAAUUACAGAAUGUUAACUACAAGUAAUAUGAUUGAAUCUUGAUUUACAUAGUUUUUAGAGUUUUAUGUGUUUUGUGAGUGAUUUGUUAACCCUGUGGAGAAUUAACUUUCGAGGGUUGAUAAAUCAUGCUAUCAACAUCGUUGUUAGUCAAUAAUUGUAUCAUAUUACCAAUUGUAGUAUUGUUGCCUGAUGAUCUACCAAUGAAUGCAAUAUUUCUUUAACUCAAUGUUUAUUAUGAAUCACGUGUUGUAUUACAUUUAUAACAAACUUAUAUAUUUAUAAUGUAAAUACAUUUAGUUACUUUUGAACCGGUCAUAAAUUGGUAUUCUCUGUUGAAAAUAAAAUUCUGAAAACAA